AAAGACCAGUGAAGCAACUCAGUGUUAUUGGCACAGAUCAAGUCUCCCUCUCUGGAUAGCAACAUGGCCACAAAACUGCCAUCUCAAGAGGAAUGUGAGAGCUGGACAGCUUUUCAAGUUGCAGACCUCCUAAGACAGUUUGGAAUGCCUGAAUCUGCUGAGCUUGUAGAAAAACUGGGUAUGGAUGGACCUCAUUUCUUGAAUUUAUCGGAGUAUGAGCUGAGCCAAUUCAAAAUCAUGCAUCAGCCGAAGCUUCAAAAGAUGGUGCACGAUAUCAAGAAAAAUGAAAGUGGGAUAAUAAACAAGUUCAAAAAGUUCCAAAAUGAACAAGUGGCCUUAAUUUGCAAAACUGGGAAAGAUACUUGGGAUCGGCUAAAAAAAAAACCUCCUCCAAGUCUACCACAAAGGGAUUAUGCUUCAGAACAUGCAGACAAUGAAGAGGAACAAUGGUCAGAUGAUUUUGACAGUGAUUAUGAAAAUCCAGAUGGCCACUCUGAUUCUGAGAUGUAUGUGGUCCCCAGUGAGGAGAAUCCUGAUGACAGCUAUGAACCACCUCCAAGUGAACAGGAAAAAAAGAAGAUUCCCUCCUCGUUCCCUAUUUCUAGAGGUGAAUACGCAGACAAUCGCAACAGUCACCAUCAGCAACCUCCCAUCAACAAACCUCUUCCAAGCACACCCAGUUCAGCCUUGCCCAGACCAAAGAAACCAUCCUUGCCAUCUCCUGCUGCAAAACCGAAAUUACCACCAAAGCCGAGGGAGUGCAGUGAUGAUGAGGAUAAUUACAUUGUGCCAGUCGACAAUGAUGAUAACUAUAUUGAACCCACAGAAAGCAGUGCGCCGCUACCUGUAAAACCUCCUGUGAACAGAUUUAUGAAGCCACCCACAAAAUCAGCCCUCCCUACUCCUACAAAGCCCUCUCUUGCUUUUGACAUGCAAGAAGUGUACGAGGUUCCUGAAGAAGAGGAAGAACUUUCGCCACCACCUGUAACCAGGUUCACUAAACCACUUCCUGCUACACGUGUUCAGAAUGCAGAGCACUCGCACAUGCACAGCAUGACCAGAGAGUCACCUAAGCUGGACGCUUCCAGGAAUAUUUUGCCUCUCCCCAGAAAUCGUCUUCACACAAAAACAGACCAUGAAGCAAACAAUAAUGAUGAAAAUCAUAGCUUCAAUAAUACACAAGAAUCUAAGUUUCAUACUGGAGCAGCUCCAUCUCCAUUACCAAGGGCUCUAAAGAAAACUUCUAAUGCAGUAAAUCCAGCAAAACCAUGCUUGCCUUACAGAGACACCUUCACUGUAAAUGAAGAGAAACCUACAGCAGCAGAACGACGACGAGGUUCUGGCCUUGAGUUCCCACUUCCACCUCUUCCAAGUGGUACCUCAAAAUCUUCGCUCCAAAAGCCCUUAGUUCUGCCAAAGGUGCCUGAAGCCCCAAGCCGUGCUCUGGGUACUUCCCCUCACAGCAGCAUUUCAUCCAUUUCAAUUACUGCGGACCAGGAUGCUGGUGUUCAUAGUAAAGCAUGGUAUGCUGCAACCUGUGAUCGGAAAACAGCAGAAGAUGCACUGUAUCGAUCUAACAAGGAUGGAUCUUUUCUAAUAAGAAAGAGUUCUGGACAGGAUUCAAGACAACCAUACACACUGGUUGUGUUUUAUAACAGAAGAGUAUACAACAUUCCUAUACGUUUUAUUGAAUCAACAAGACAGUAUGCAUUAGGAAGAGAAAAAUGUGGUGAAGAGGUGAGAUUUUCUUUUUUUCCUAACACUUAUCUAUCCUAACAGUUAUCUAUCUUUAAUAAGGACUGAAGUAAGUUGCAGUAUGACUUGACAGGAUUC